AUGUCGUCCUCCGGCGCGUCUUUCGUGCAAAUCAAGUUCGAGGACAUCCUCUUCUACGAGAACUGCGGCGGCGGCAGCUUCGGGAGCGUGUACCGAGCCCUGUGGAUCUCCCGGGACAAAGAGGUGGCGGUGAAAAAACUGCUCAAGAUCGAAAAUGAGGCCGAAAUCCUCAGCGUCCUCAGCCACCGCAACAUCAUCCAGUUUUACGGCGCCAUUGUUGAGGCUCCCAACUAUGGAAUUGUUACCGAGUAUGCAAGCGGCGGCUCGCUGUACGACUACCUGUCCAGUGACGAGAGCGAAGACAUAGACAUGGGCCAGAUCAUGACGUGGGCCGCAGAGAUUGCCAGAGGAAUGCACUACUUGCAUUCAGAGGCUCCAGUUAAGGUGAUCCACAGAGACCUGAAAUCCAGAAAUGUUGUUUUAACUGCCGACAAAGUCCUCAAGAUCUGUGACUUCGGAGCAUCAAAGUUUUUGACCCACACGACUCACAUGUCUCUGGUGGGAACGUUUCCCUGGAUGGCGCCGGAGGUGAUCCAGAGUCUGCCCGUGUCCGAAACCUGCGACACCUUUUCCUACGGUGUGGUGCUGUGGGAGAUGCUCACUCGUGAAAUCCCCUUCAAAGGCCUGGAAGGCUUACAGGUGGCCUGGCUCGUGGUGGAGAAGAACGAGAGGUUAACCAUCCCUAGCAGCUGUCCCUCCAGCUUUGCUGAGCUGAUGAGAAACUGCUGGCGGACAGAACCGAAAGAGAGGGCGAUGUUCAAGCAGAUCCUCUCCACCCUGGAGUCCAUGUCUAAUGACAGCCAACUUCCUCAACAGUGCAACUCCUUCCUCCACAACAAGGCUGAAUGGAGGUGCGAGAUCGAAGCCACACUCGAGAGGCUUAAGAAGCUGGAGAGAGACCUGAGUACCAAAGAGCAGGAGCUGAAGGAGCGCGAGCGGCGCCUAAAGAUGUGGGAGCGCAAGCUGAUUGAGCAGUCCAACACCCCGUUGCUGCCCACUCUUGACAUUUAUACGUGGACAGAGGAGCAUGUGUAUUUCUGGAUGCAGCAGAUAUUCGGUGCAGGAGAUGGUGUUUGUGGCAUGCAGCUUUACGCUGACCUGUUUAAAGAAAAUCACAUCACCGGGAAGCGGCUGCUGCUGCUCACAGAAAACGACAUGCGGGACAUGGGGGUCAAGUCCAAAGGUCACGCCAUGCACCUUAAGGCUGAAAUUGAAAAGCUCACUCACGACUACCUUGGGUUUGUCCACUUCCCACCUCUGUUGAAGGGUGAGCUGGAGAAGGAGGUGGAACAGAGUAAAACUGUCAAUCUGGAGCUGGUGUUUGGGUACCACUGGAAACCAGGAACGGGGAAGUCUGACUGCAAAUGGAAACUGUACAUGGAACUUGACGGCGAUGAUGUUGCUGUAACUUACAUCAAAGACGUCGUCUUCAAUGUCAACCGUCAGGAUGUGGAAAUCCUCCGCAUGGCCAAGCCACCGUUUGUGAUGGACAAAUGGAUCGUUGGACUACUGCCGAACCAGAAAGUGGAUUACACGGUCAAUUAUGAGAACGAUGUUAAGUCUCCUAAGUCGACCAGACACAGCUGCGAACUGACGUGGAGUUUCAACGGCGGGCAGGAUGAAAUCAAGAAUGUGCAGCUGGCCAUUGAAACGGCACCGUCUAACAUAGACUUUAGUCCCAGAGACCGAUCGAACUCUGAUAUCGAUCCGUCGUGGAUGUACAGCGUGAGGCUGAAACAGAUGGUGAGCCAGAAAUCACAGACGACGGCCGACACUCUGGGUGCCCUCACUCGCUCCGAGGCGUCCACCUUGCCUCAGUUCUUGUCCGCACAUGAGCGCCAGGAGUUUUCCUACGCUUCAGCUGUGCGCCGCUCUCCAAGCCGAGCCCCCGAUUCUCCUUGGAUCAACUCACGCUGCUCCUCACCAACUGCCAGCCUGUCGGCCAAACUCUCGCCAAUCCAUCUGGGGUCAAAGGGCAGCAGUCCCACCAGCACUACGUCGGAAAGCACCUCAGAGAGAGAUCGAGAGCGCAGAAUGAGUGCCGGAGCAAUUCACGAAUACCGUAGAAACAACUACUUUGGCAAAGCAUUAACUGUGGGCGGGGGGCAGGGAAGGGGGCAGUCAUGGACCAAUAGCAGAGGUGGUCAUGUUCAUAAUAAAACCAGCAAAACGUCACGGCAGCCAGGGAGGCCACAGUCCAACAGUUACAGUGGCACACCACAGAACCGCCCACCAAUGAUUCCGGGUAUAUUGUCUGUGACAGAAAACCCCAGUGAGGGAAAAGAGGGGGCCAAAGCCAGCGAUGGGGGGUGGAUCAAAGUGGAGCGUCACAAGAGAUUACCACGUCAGGACAAUAAACAAGUCAGAGGUCGACCGAGGAGAGGGGGCAGGGGAGGGCGGGGCGGUGGUGGAAGAAGUUAAUGUGGGCUUAAAAGGCUGAAAAGGCUUUACAUAUAAAUUAUGUCAAUGUACUUGCUCUGAAAAAAAGGUGUUUUAUAGAUGAACUCUCAGGCCAGUGAUGUGUACUCAUUAUAUUGUGCAACAUUAUGUGCAAUUCCCCUUUUGAACAUUUUAAAAUCAGCUUAUAUUAGGCUAAUAUAAAUGACAAAUAUGCCCACCUUCUAUUUAUUGCUACCAAAAUAAUAAUUCCAGUUUUAUAUUUCUUUAAGUGACAGAUAGUAUUACCUUCUAUUACUGCAUUGGGUAUGAUGACAUUUAUUUAUCAGCCUGCUGUCUCUAGGGUUUUAAAUUAACCCCAGUAUUAAAAAAGAUUUUAGAUUUGAAUGCUUUUCAUACACUAUGUUUGGAUGUUUUAAUAAACGUUGAUGUAUAAGUGA